AUGAAGGAGUUCUUUUUAGGAUUUUUAAAGGUGUAUGAUACAUCAGGACGAGGACUUUUUGAAGAACUUGUAAAUAUUUUGCAAGAGCUUAAACUUGAUAUUGGUGAUGUAAGAGGACAAGGGUAUGAUAAUGGUUCUAAUAUGAAAGGAAAACAUAAAGGUGUACAAAGAAGAUUAUUAGAGAUAAAUCCUAGAGCAUUCUACACACCUUGUGGUUGUCAUAGUCUUAACCUUGCACUUUGUGAUAUGGUAAACUCUUGUUCGCAAGCUUUAUCUUUUUUCAGAGUGGUGCAGCGCAUAUAUUCAUUGUUUGCAUCUUCUACAAAGCGGUGGAAAGUUCUUACAGAUGUUCGCGAUAAUGUUAAAGGUUUCACACUUAAGCCACCAUCACAAACUCGUUGGGAAGGUCAAGUUGAAAGUGUUACAACAAUAAGAUUCCAAGCUCCAGAUAUAAGAGAUGCUUUGAUUUACUUAGCAAGUUCUAGUGAAGAUCCCAAGACAAAAAGUGAUGCUAAGUGCUUAGCAACAUAUGAAAUUGAGAAUUUUGAGUUCUUACUUGGUAUGAUUAUUUGGUUUGAUAUUUUGAAUGCUAUUAACAAAAUAAGUAAAAUCAUGCAAUCAGAGGAUAUGCAGAUUGAUGUUGCUAUAGACCUUUUAAGAGGGCUCAUUUCUUUUUUUGAAAGCUACAGAGAAAAUGGAUUUGAAGCAGCUAUGGUUGAGGCUAAAGAAAUUGCAAUUAGAAUGAAAGUUGAACCCAUUUUUCGUGAACAUAUCAUUAUUCAUAGAAAGAAACAUUUUGAUGAAAAUGCUAGUAAAGAGAUGGCAAUGACAACUGAAGAAUCCUUUAGAGCCAAUUACUUCAUAUAUAUCGUUGAUCAAGCUCUUUCUUCACUCAAGAGUAGAUUUGAACAGUUUCAACAAUAUGAUGAAUCUUUUGGUUUCUUGUUUAAUUUGGAGAGGUUGAAGUCUGCAGAUAAUGAUAGUUUGAAGUGUUCAUGUCUUAACCUUGAAGAUCUCCUAAAGCAUGACAAAAAAUUUGAUAUUAAUGGGACAGAAUUAUUUUCAGAACUCCAAAUCUUAAGAGAAGCAAUACCAAGAGGAACAAAAAAAGCAAUUGAAAUGCCUCUUAAUGCUAUGAAUCACAAUACUUUUGAGGAUACUGCGGAAAACUAUGGAGUUACUUUGAAUGCUGAUUCCAUAGCAAAGUUUAAAGAAAAGGAGGUUGACAGAGUUGCUUCAGGUUGUUAA